UGUAAAGUAACACUUUGAGAGAACCAAAAAGUAUCACUAUAAAGCUGUAAAGGGGUUGGUGAAAGCCAGUAUUGUAGAGAAGCUGAUGUGACAAGAAGAAGGUUGUAUGAGGAGUUUUGUGUGUAAGAAGAUGUGGUGGGUUGUACAUCGAAGGACGAACAAGAAGAACUUACAUCGCGAUUGUGAGAACAAGAAGAUAUGUGACUUGGGGAAAGACUUGGAGGAGAUACUAAAGGGGAGGCUAGAGACCAUAGAGGAGGAACCAGAAGAAGAAGAGCGAGAGCGGUUAGGAGAAUCACAGAAGCCAAUGUUGGUUAAGGCUAAGAUGAAAGUGGAGAAGGGCAAGGCAAUAGUAAAAGCAAAAGUUAAAAGUGGGAAAGUGUUUUACAUGUUGUGUGUUAUUGGUUUAGCCUCUAAACGUGGUUUUAAUGAUCUUCCACCUACGACUCCCAUAUUGAGACAUGACAACCAAAGCAGCGACCUAGUCUCUGCCAUUGCCGACAUGGUUAGGGAAUCUUAUAACGGUUUUGGCACCCUACUCCUUCUCCAUGCCCUGAACGAUACGAAUUUCUACAAGAACCAAGAGAUUACUUUCUUGAUGCCUAGCGACGACCAUCUUUCUCAAGCAGACAUGAGCCAAGAGAGUCUUGAGACAUUUAUACUAAGACAUACGAUCCCUGCGUGGCUUAUGAUCAACCACAUGCUUCGUUUCCCAAACAAAACUCUUGUACCUUGUAGCAUCCCUGAUAAAAUGUUCAUUAUCACAAAAUCUGGUAGGUCGGGGGGACUGUAUGUGAACAAUGCGAGGAUCGUUUCACCUAAUAUUUGUCGGAAUUCUCGCGUAGCUUGCCAUGGAGUGAGUAACGUUAUUACAUUCAGCGAAGACUCCUUUUCAAAAGCAAUGUUAUCAUCCGUUCGUGAAAGAAUCACAUCGUCCAGGCACUGA